GCAGCUUGAGCGCUUCACUAUGGACCAGCACGGCUGCUGCGCUCUCUGACCGAUCGCCUUCACCUUAUUUUGCCUGGACAACUCUCCAAACACACAGGUUAUGCCACCCCACAGGCUGACUGGAAACCCAGCCGUGAAAGAGAAGGGCUGAUCGCAGACCCCCAGUGUACCCGCAGCUGCGCCCAUCCCUGUCCCCAUGGCGACAGGAGGUCAUGCCCCCGAGACAGAUGUGUUGAUCAACCUGCAUCAGGUUUUGACAGAGGAAGAGAAGGACUCCACAACUGGACAAGAAGAUGAGGAAUGGGAGAAGGCCUUGUCUGUGGAGAGGUUUGGGGACAUCAUUACUGAGUCUGCCGUCAACGGCGCAGACAAAAUGGGCCGCAGUUACAAUGAGAAAGACUUUGAGUAUCACCGGCACACCUUCCACCAUACCCACCACCCCCUGUCCACACAUCUUCCGCCGCAGCGUUUCCGAAAGAGGGUGCUCAGUAUGGACCGCCGGCGGAAGAGAAAGAGGAAGAAAAAGAAGACGUCUAUGCCCCCGUCCGAUGUCACGCCCACUAUUCAUGAGGUGGAUGAGGAGGAGGCGGAGUCUGAGAUCGAGGGGCAGUGCCAAGCAACCACGCCUACUGAGCCAUCUGAAGAGCUGCCACAGCUCAGUUUGGGAAGCGAGGAGGAUCUGGCAGCCGAUGUCCCUCUCAGCAGCUUCCAUAUGGAGAGUGAGAGACCCGCGAGCAGUGAGGAGACGCUACCCAGCCCUGCUAGCAUGGAGGAGCAGGAGGAAACACAACAACCACCCGAUGGAGGAGAGCACAAAGACAUCUCCAACAGUUUUAGCCCAUCUCCAGAAGCUGCCAGCAUGACAACACGCGGCUGGUUUCGCAGGAAGCCUGUCCACCGUCUGGCUGGAGCCCAGAGGACCAGCUAUGACCUCCGCGAACGCAUCUGCAUAGGCAGCAUGACUGCAAUGGAGACUGCGGUCUACCAGAAAGUACCUACAGAUGAGGCGGAGGCGCAGAUGCUCGCCAGUGCUGACCUCGAUGACAUGAAAAGUCACCGCUUCGAGGACAAUCCUGGGGUUCGACGUCACCUCGUCAAGAAAUCAUCGCGCUGUCAACUUCCACGAAGCAGUAAUGGCUCACCGCCGCUGUCCAGCCUGAAGAGGAGGAAGAGGAUGGACAAGAAGACGCAUGAGGUGUUUGUGGAGCUCAAUGAGCUGAUAGUGGAUAGGAACCAGGAGAUGCGCUGGAAAGAGAGGGCACGUUGGAUCAAGUUUGAGGAAGAUGUGGAGGAGGAGACGGAUCGCUGGGGUAAACCGCAUGUGGCCUCGCUGUCCUUCCGUAGCCUGCUGGAGCUUCGCAGGACCAUCACACACGGUGCCAUAAUGCUAGAUCUGGAUCAAACCACACUGCCUGGCAUCGCUCACUUGAUGGUGGAAACCAUGAUAAUCUCGGACCAGAUCAGAGCUGAAGACCGAGCCAAUGUGCUGCGAGCGCUUCUGCUCAAACACAGUCACCCCAAUGAUGAGAAAGAAGGCCUUUUCCACCGGAACCACUCCGUCACCAGUCUGGGCAGCUUCCGUCACAACCACAAUCACGUUCACGACACCAGCCUACCUCUGGUGUCCCAGGACCACGAGGAGAUGCACGACAGUAAAGCUGCAGAACAUGACAAAGAGAAAAGCCUCCACCCCGUCCCAGCUGAGGGACAUGCCGCUGCCAGAUCUUUGAAACUCCUGGCAAAGAUUCCCAAGGAUGCCGAGGCAACUGUGGUCUUAGUGGGUUGUGUGGAGUUCCUAGAGAAGCCUGCGAUGGCCUUUGUCCGGCUGAACGAGUCUGUCCUGCUGGAGUCCAUUCUGGAAGUCCCUGUUCCCAUUCGCUUCAUCUUUGUGCUGUUGGGUCCCACGCAGACCAACGUGGACUAUCAUGAAAUCGGACGCUCCUUUUCUACCCUCAUGUCUGAUAAGAAUUUCCAUGAGGUAGCAUACUUUGCCGAUGACCGCCAGGAUCUGCUUAAUGGCAUCAACGAGUUUUUAGACUGCAGCAUUGUAAUUCCACCAUCGGAUGUUGAAGGAAAAGACCUGCUGAAAACAGUGGCCUCCUUCCAGAAACAGAUGCUACGUAAACGCAAAGAAAGGGAGCUCAAAAAAUGUGCCAGUACUGUGGCAGGAGCUGAGCUGGAGACCAAAGACGUGAGUAUAGAAGAACAGGAGGAGGAGGAUCAGUUUGAUGUAGACCCUCUAAAGCGCUCUGGUAUUCCCUUUGGAGGUCUGAUUCACGAUAUUCGCCGUCGUUACCCACGCUACAUAAGUGACCUGAAGGACGCCUUGGACACACAAUGUAUUGCUGCUGUUAUUUUCAUUUAUUUUGCUGCUCUUUCGCCCACUAUCACCUUCGGAGGUUUAUUAGGUGAGAAGACACAAGGCAUGAUGGGAGUGUCUGAGCUCAUCAUCUCCACUGCGACAGUAGGAGUGCUGUUCUCUUUGAUGGCAGGACAACCUCUGCUCAUUAUAGGCUUUUCUGGACCACUUUUAGUCUUCGAGGAGGCUUUUUAUAAGUUCUGCCAGGCGCAGGGCUUUGAAUAUCUGACAGGUCGUGUGUGGAUCGGGUUCUGGCUCAUCUUUAUUGUCCUGGUGAUCGUUGCGGCUGAGGGCAGUUUCCUUGUGCGCUACAUCUCUCCUUUCACCCAGGAGAUCUUUGCGUUUCUCAUCUCUCUCAUUUUCAUCUAUGAAACCUUCUCGAAGCUAAUCAAGGUGUUUCAAGAGCACCCACUGAUGAUGAGCUACACUUCAGCUGCCUUCAAGCAAUCAGACCGAGGAGGGAGCAGUGUGAUUGGGGAGCCCAUCCUUAACCAGCCCAACACAGCCCUGCUGUCACUAGUGCUCAUGAUGGGCACCUUCUUCACUGCCUUCUUCCUCAGGAAACUUCGCAACAGCAGAUUCCUGGGAGGAAAGGUCAGAAGAGUCAUUGGUGAUUUUGGGAUUCCCAUUUCUAUACUAAUCUCUGUGCUGGUGGAUAUCCUCAUCCCUGAUACAUACACACAGAAACUGAACGUCCCCUCUGGUUUCUCGGUCACAUCUCCGGACAAACGGAGCUGGUUUAUCAGCCCUUUUGGAGAUAAACAACCUUUCCCGGUUUGGAUGAUGGGGGCCUCGGUGAUCCCGGCCCUGCUGGUUUUUAUCCUCAUAUUCAUGGAGACGCAGAUCACCACAUUGAUUGUGAGCAAGAAGGAGCGGCGUUUGAUGAAGGGCUCUGGCUUUCAUCUCGACCUGCUUCUGAUAGUGACUUUAGGAGCGAUCUGUCCUCUGUUUGGUCUGCCAUGGCUGACUGCUGCUACAGUUCGUUCAGUCACUCAUGUUAACGCUCUGACAGUCAUGAGCAAAGCCACUGCACCCGGAGAAAAGCCAAUGAUACAAGAAGUGAAAGAGCAGAGGGUCACAGGGAUGUGUGUGGCUAUCCUAGUGGGGAUGUCUAUAGUGAUGACAGAUGUGCUGCGUCAUAUUCCUCUGGCUGUGCUGUUUGGGAUAUUUCUCUACAUGGGCAUCACUUCUCUUACCGGUAUCCAACUUUAUGAGCGAAUCACACUUAUGGUCACACCGGCUAAACAUCAUCCUGACCACGUCUACGUUACCAAGGUGAAGACGUGGCGGAUGAACAUGUUCACCAUCAUUCAGUUGUUGUGUAUCGUCCUGCUGUGGGUGGUGAAGUCGACUGUAGCGUCUCUGGCGUUUCCCUUCAUCCUCAUCAUGACUGUACCUCUGCGCAGACUCAUCCUGACCCGCAUCUUUGAAGAGAGGGAACUGGCAGCCUUGGAUGCUGAUGAAGAUUCUCCCAAUUUUGACGAAGAUGGACGCGAUGAAUACAACGAGAUCCACAUGCUUGUGUAGAUGACCAAUCACUGACCAAUCAAAACACAGAAUGAUGACAAAGAUGUAUGGAGUCAGAAGGAACUGCCCUCUUUCACGAUUAUGUCACGUGUGCUUUCAAAUUUUGUAAACAUCCAACAUACUGUAAGAACCGCGUUUUCGGACCUUUAUUAUUUUUGUUUUCCCCUCCCAGAAAACGUGGCCUACAUGUCUUGUGUGCUGCUGCCCGGUGACCUUUGAAUAUAAGAUUAGAAAUGACCCGUGCACCUUAUAGAUGUCCCAAAAGUGCAAUGAUGGUGAGAUUGAUUACUUAAUUUGCACCCGUCUUGACCAGGACCACUGCCUGUAGAUCUUAGUUGCCUUGUACUGUGCUGUCAGCAUUGACUACAUGGGUCUGAAUAUUACAGUAGCAAGACUCUCGGAGUGGUCAAGUCCCUUUGCUGUGCAGUCCUAUUGCUUGAAAACAGUAGUGCAGUCCCUUUAGAUGUACUUAAUGCAGUAGUGAGAUUACUUUGAUGGAUGUACUGUAUGCAGUAGGUACUAUAUGUUUAAAGGUGCUAUAGGUUUUCUUUUGGUUUUGUUAGGGAAUAGGAUACAGAAAGUGUCCUUGCUUUCUGACAGAUAUCACUCUUUUCCUGUCAGUUAUUUCCAAUUUAGUGGCUUAGGAGUUGCUGUAAAAGGCAUUUUUUUCUUAUAGCAACUUUAAUAGACAAAACACAUUAUUUAAC